CAGUGUCACAGUGCCGUCUUAACUGUCAUAGAGAGAGCAUUUCUGUUGAAGGAUGAAGACACUUCUUAUUGCAAGCAUCCUUUUCACAGCCUGCUGUGCUGUUCCUCAAGAUCUGUCAGGUAAAAUGUUUACAUUUCCUGCGGAAUCCAGUAUUGCACAUGUCAGACUCCUCCCUUCAGGAAAUAACUUCGCCUCUGUGACAGUCUGCCUCAGGUUCCUCACCGACCUUACUCGAGACCACUCUCUUUUUUCAGCAGCAUCCACUGCCAAUAGCAAUGACUUCUUAAUCUACAAGGCAGCAAGCAAACGUUUUGACGUGUACACACGUGGCAAAGUCUCUCAAUUUAAUGGCCUACCAGACGAGCCAAACACCUGGUACUCCAUCUGCACCACCUGGGAUUCCAACUCUGGAUUGGCUCAGGUCUGGAUCAACGGGAAUCCAAGUACCAGGAAGAUCGGAUUCAAGGGGAAUCUGGAUGGAAAGCUAAACAUAGUGCUGGGACAAGAGCAGGACUCAGUGGGUGGAGGGUUUAAUGCAAAGAUGUCAUUUGUAGGGAUGAUCACUGAUGUCCAUAUGUGGGACUAUGUCCUUUCUACUUGUGAGAUCGAGCGGUUUGCUAACGACCUGAACUUCACCCCUGGUAAUGUCAUCAACUGGAGAGCCCUUGAUUUCACCAUCGUUGGAGAUGUUGUCAUUGAAGACAGUCAGACAAAGCGCUGUUUUCAUUAGUGAUGAUAAAUAAAUGAGUAAACAAAACUCAGCAUUACUGCACAAAUUCUAUAUUGAACACUGUUCCAGAAAAUGUUUUCUGCAAUCGAAAUCAUCAGCAUAUUUUAUGUAUAUCAAUUAUUUUUUGUAACCUCUUUCAA